UAAUUUAUGACGAUAUUAACUUACCGCUUGGUAGUUUUCGCUAUCGCAGUCAAGGUUCAGGCGGGGGGCACAACGGAGUAAACAGUAUUAUUUUAAGACUGAUGACUAAGAAAUUCAAGCGUUUGCGAAUAGGAGUUGUUCUAGGACGAUUUUCCGAGGAGGAAAGGCGAGAAAUAGCAAACAUUUUGCCCCAAGUGGUGGCUGAAAAAUUAAUUAUCAAUGGAAGUAAACAAAGCGUAGCCUUAAAACACAAAAUCGAAACAAUUAACCAAUUAAUUAAGAUUUACCAAGCUCAGCCCUCUUUACCAGUUGACUUAGACGAGGCCAAAAAAAUUCUCGACCAGCAAGCGGGUUUACAAGAAUUAAAGGAAAUAAUUAUAAAAAAGUUAGAGACUGAAAAAUUAAAGAGGGGAGAAAAAGUUUUGGAAGAGCCGUUAAUUUUGUGUUUAGUUGGACCAUCGGGAACGGGCAAAACUACUCUGGUCCAACUUUUUGCCCAAGCCGCUCAGAAAAAAAUUUAUUCGCUUGCCUUGGGAGGUUUGAGCGAAGUUUCCUGGCUGGCCGGAAUUAGUGAAGGCUCAGGGGGAACGGAAAUCGGACAGUUAGCCAAGGCCUUAGUAGAAACUGAGAUGGGUAAUCCAAUAAUUCUACUAGAAGAAAUUGAUAAAGCCGGUUCCAAUUACAAAACUGCUAUUCUUGAUUAUUUAGGAGCAGUUUUAGACCCGAGACAAAAUCAGGAAAUACCAGACCAUUAUCUAGGAGUUAAGUUAGAUUUUUCUCAAACAAUUUUUAUCGCUACUGCUAACGAAUUAGACAAAAUUCCGAAAUAUUUGCGUUCCCGUUUAACGAUAUCUGAAAAUUUUGAAAUUACUCCUGAAGCCUUAACCAACUUAAUCAAAAAAACUCGGGAGAAAGGUGAAAAACAACAAAACAAGGAACAAAGUAAAAUAAUUGUUGAUUCAGAAUUGGUGAACCAACUUAUCCCUCACGUUUUUACGAAUGUGGACUGGGAGGAAGAAAAGCCGAAGAAAAAUGACCAGAAGAAUUUUAAUUCCGUAGAAAGAAAAA